AUGGCCACAUCGAUAUCGAGCGACCACAAACAGCUUGAUUAUCAUGUCAUAUGUGCGAGGAUCUUUCCAUUGGUUAGAGUUGAUGCGUUGAUUACGAUUAAGGUGCUGCAAAAGGCAAUAGAUACAACAUAUGGUUUCAGGCCUAGUUAUAGAAAGGUGUGGUUGGCGAAGCAAAAGACAGUAGCACAGAUCUAUGGCGACUGGGAGGAGUCCUAUGGUGAUCUGUCCCGCUGGAUCCUUGGGGUCACAUCCACCAUGGACGGUUCUGUUGCUCUGUUGAAGACCUCCCUGGUUAGAGUGGGUGAUCAGGUUGAUGAAUCUAGAGUCUACUUUCAUCGCAUGUUCUGGACAUUCCCUCCAUGUAUUGAGGCAUUCCGAUACUGUAAGCCGCUUGUCAGUAUUAACGGAACACACCUAUAUGGCAAGUAUGGAGGGACGUUGUUGUUGGCGAUUGCUCAAGAUAGAAAUUCGAAUAUAUUGUCUAUUGCGUUUGCACUUGUGGAGGGGGAAAAUGCAGAGUCUUGGGCAUACUUUCUAUCUAACCUUCGAAGACAUGUUACUCCACAGGAAGGUAUUCUCGUGAUUUCUGAUAGACACAACGGCAUCAAGACUGCACUGGAGGUACCAGAUUGUGAUUGGCGACCUCCCCAUGCUUAUCGGGCAUUCUGUAUUCGGCAUGUUGCUGCAAAUUUCGCACUUACCUUCAAGGGGCAGGAUGCAAGGCGGUGGCUGGUAAAUGCUGCUUAUGCGAAGACGGAAGCAGAAUUUGACUAUUGGUUUGAUAUAAUGAGAACAGAGAACCCAAUCAUGUGUGAUUGGGCAAACAGGAUGGAGUAUGAGAGGUGA